AUGUCGCCUGAAUUUCUUAAGAAAAAUUUGGGAAAGGCAGCUUUUGCGAUUAUUUUUUUCUGGUUUUUCGUCAAUGUUAGAAACGGCGGCUUUCUUAUCGAAGAAAAUGAAAAGCAAAAAGAGAAAAUGUCAGAAAAGCGCCCUGCUUCUCCCGAAUUCGUAGAAGAAGACCCUCCAGAAUAUGACGUUGACGUAGGGUUAAUGCAUUCCGCUCAGAAAAGACACCAUAACGGCCGAAUACGCGAGCGGGAAAAUGAAAUUCCUGAUUAUCUCAUUCCUCCGCCUCCUCCACCACCCCACAUUCCGAUUGUUUUUGCUCCCCUGAAACUUGCGCCUAUUGGUGCCCCGAUUUCAAAUGCAAAGAUUCAAGCGGCUCCAAUAAAUGUUAAAAAGGAGGAGAAAACGAAGUCAGAAGCAUAUGAGGAGGAAGAGGAGGAUCUUAUUGAGGUAGAAGAUGAGGAGAACGAUGAAGAUAAAAAAGAAAAGGUCGAAGAAAAGAGAGAUCCUUUCACUCACUGCAAACCUGGCCAAAAAUACUCAGACAUCGAACCCUUUAUUAACAAACACUGGAUGCUCAACCUCUCACGUGACAAAUACACAGCCAGGGAGAUGCAUGAACUUUUGAUUCACAGACUAACUGAUGAAGAAAAAGAAGACUGGAUCUGCAAAAUCUUCGGGACUCGCCUGGAAGAACAGGAAAACAAGGAAGAGGAAGUGAAGAUUUCGUUUUAUUACAAGGGGCGGUAUUUUGAUAAAUAUUUGGAAGACCCGACAUUUGAGCCGGAUUUUCACAGAAAUGGCGUGACGGGUUUUGGGUACAAAAUGUGCGGCAACUGCAAAUUCACGACGAACGAUGACGAAGCUGAUGCUCUUAUCAUCGACAACGGACCUUUGCUCCAGUACCAGAGAAAAGUCAAUGAGUCAUUGGAAGACGGAGAUACAGAAUUUAAACACUUGGAUCGAACAUAUGAGCCGCCAAGCUUGGAAAACCGAAAUUUGUCACAGUACUGGAUUUUUGUCAAUUAUGAGAGUGGAGCGAAAAAUGUCGAGACUCAAUCUUGGUUGAUGCCGAAAGAGUUGGAUUCAGCGUUUAAUAUCACUUAUUCUUAUAGAAGAGACAGUGAUAUUGUAAGAGGCUAUAAUUCAGCGCAAAAUAUCCUCCGAGAUUUUUACUUUGAUUGGAAUACCGGAGAAUCAAUGAAUAUUUCCGAUAUCGAGCUCCUUUCAAAAUUACUCCUGAACAAGAGCGAGCUGAAAAAGAAGCAAGACACUUCCAAACUUCAUACUGCCUGGAUGGUUUCGAAUUGCAAUAACACUCUUGGCGCCAUAAGAAGAUGGCGAUACGGGGAAAAGAUGAUGGCGGCCGGAUUGAAGGAGCAUAUUCGUGGAGAAGGGGCCUGUUUUGACAAGAUAACUGAAAGGGAGUUUCGAGAUUUGAGAAGCUUUCAUGAUGUUGCUCAUGAAGCGAAUAUGAUGACAAAGAUGCGAUUCUACUUGGCAUUCGAAAACGCGUUUCAUUGCACCGACUACAUUUCUGAAAAAUUUUGGCGAAAUGCUCUCAGAGCAACUCUUGUACCAGUCGUUUACGGGCCACAUUAUCUUGAUGUCGCAAAAGUCGCUCCGCCGAAUUCUUUUAUUCAUGCGGAGCAAUUCGCGUCGGCAGAAGAUUUGGUUUACUACAUGGACUAUCUUUGGAAGAAUGAUACCGCGUAUCUCGAUUAUCAUAGAUGGAGACUUCUCAAGCCGGAGAACACUACUCCAAGAGGAGACUCGUAUCGGUCAAUAGGCCGAGAUAUGUACGAUUUUUGCCGAAUCUGCCGACUGGUCCGCGAGAAGCGCUCUCAAAAAGUCGCCCGUUGGUAUCGAAGCGUGAUGAAAUUUUGGCGAUACGAUGUUCACGAUCAAUGCAAAGUCCGCGCAUCUUUUCCUCGAAGAAUUCAAAACAUAGAACACAAUCUUGUAGAAGUACCUCUCAAAUAG